UUCACUUAAGAACAGCAUUUGUUUGUAACAUCGAGGCAGUGUAUGCACGAGGUGCAAGAGGAAUCACUCGUGCUCAUUUUAUUCACCGUCACACUUGGGGAGAUUACGUUCCGGUAAAAAUUAAUGGGGAAGUGUUUUAGCUCCUGCGUGUGAUUUGUGUUUGGAUUAAGUGUGCUACGAUGAAUUCGAUACGAAAUAUAAUUCUACUUACCGCCGCAACGCUACUUACCCUUUUUUCUUCUUCUUCUGUUGAUGCAGCAAGCAAUCAGCGGAAAAUCAGUUCCAGUAGACACACCAUUUCCGAAGAAAAAAGAGUAGCAAAUUUCGAUUGUCCCGAAGAAUUUGGUUACUAUCCCCAUCCCAACGAUUGUACCCAAUACUAUGUAUGUGUUUUUGGUGGUGCCCUUUUGGAAUCAUGCACAGGAGGCCUUAUGUACAGCCAUGAACUUCAAACAUGUGAUUGGCCAAGAAACGUUGGCUGUGAAGGAUUAGACAUCGCAGCUGUUACAUUGUCCUCCUCGUCAGUUUCCGCCACAUCUGCACCUUUAAGAUCCGACUCACGACAGAGAUAUUCUCAUCCUCCACCACCUCCACCACCCCAACCCCAAGCUGUGGUAACAUCUAGAGGACAACCUAGGAAGCUGCAUCAUGAAAUUAUUAAUAAUAAGCAACAACAACAACAGCAAUUGUAUGUUGAUGAAGAAGAAUCUUAUCCACCUGCUGAAGAGAUUGAGAAUGAUGCACCUCAAAGGGUUCUCAGAGGUCAGCCGUCAACCAUUGGUCAAGUCCAGAGAGAUAGAGACGGUCUAAGGCAUGGCAAUGCAAUCCCAACUUCUAGUGGUCGUGGUGGGGAAAAAAUUGGUGUAAUAUCUUUUGGAACCCAACAACAGACACUUCAAAAUUACAGGUAUGAGAUUAUAAUAAAGCCAUUAUAUCAUUUCUUUAUUGCCAGCCGAGAUACAAAUUCUUGGAAGCCAAUACCUAAACCCAAUCCCCCUUACGAUUAUAACCCUUACAAUUUACGCCCCCCUCCAUUACCAAAUAGUGCAGUAGCUUCAAAUCAGAAUGCAGCAAGCAAUCAGCGGAAAAUCAGUUCCAGUAGACACACCAUUUCCGAAGAAAAAAGAGUAGCAAAUUUCGAUUGUCCCGAAGAAUUUGGUUACUAUCCCCAUCCCAACGAUUGUACCCAAUACUAUGUAUGUGUUUUUGGUGGUGCCCUUUUGGAAUCAUGCACAGGAGGCCUUAUGUACAGCCAUGAACUUCAAACAUGUGAUUGGCCAAGAAACGUUGGCUGUGAAGGAUUAGACAUCGCAGCUGUUACAUUGUCCUCCUCGUCAGUUUCCGCCACAUCUGCACCUUUAAGAUCCGACUCACGACAGAGAUAUUCUCAUCCUCCACCACCUCCACCACCCCAACCCCAAGCUGUGGUAACAUCUAGAGGACAACCUAGGAAGCUGCAUCAUGAAAUUAUUAAUAAUAAGCAACAACAACAACAGCAAUUGUAUGUUGAUGAAGAAGAAUCUUAUCCACCUGCUGAAGAGAUUGAGAAUGAUGCACCUCAAAGGGUUCUCAGAGGUCAGCCGUCAACCAUUGGUCAAGUCCAGAGAGAUAGAGACGGUCUAAGGCAUGGCAAUGCAAUCCCAACUUCUAGUGGUCGUGGUGGGGAAAAAAUUGGUGUAAUAUCUUUUGGAACCCAACAACAGACACUUCAAAAUUACAGGGUAGAAGACGCUAGCCCAAGUCCACCCCCAAGAAAAAUAGUAACAACUGCUACUCCAGCAAGAAUUUCUUAUAACGAAAGUCAAUCAUACAAUUCCAAAUAUGACCCGUACUACGCUCUUUAUGACGAAGAUGUAGAUUUAUAUCGUGAUAUCGAAUAUACUCAGCAGUACUCAAAUAAUCCUACGCAACGUACUAAUCAGCAGCCUGCUUACAAAGCUACCCCAGCUCCUGUGGUUAUAGCUCAAGAACCUGCACCAAAACGAACCAUCGAACAAUAUGUAAGCCGAAAUGCGUAUAGCACCCCACAAGAUAUCUACGACAGCAGAGGAGUACAAGAUUAUGAUGAUAACAGUUACAAUAGUCAGGUAUCCGAACAAGUAAACUACAGACAAUCUACCAAGCAACAACCUUCUAGAACUGGUAAUCGCGGAAGAGGAUCAUCACAUUACACCGUAGGAGUCAAUGAUCAACCAGUAGUAAAUCGCGGUACACCACCACCACGUUCGAGACCAACGUUAAAACCAUCCACAUCGAUUGUGUCAAAAGCCGCCGAGUAUGUUGAUAUAUACAGAUAUCCUCCAAGGAGACCAGAUCCACUUUAUCCUCAACCCCAACCAGACAAAACUGCUGCAAAAUGCAGGAAAGAUGUUUGCUUGUUACCUGAUUGUUCCUGCGGUGGUAGAGACGUUCCCGGAAAUUUGACCGUGAACGAUGUUCCUCAAAUGGUGCUGCUUACAUUUGACGAUGCCGUCAACGAUUUAAACAAAGGUUACUAUGCAGAACUAUUCGAUCAUGGACGAGUUAAUCCAAAUGGCUGUCCAAUUGCCGCUACCUUUUAUGUGUCCCAUGAGUGGACUGAUUAUUCACAGGUGCAAAACCUGUACGCCGAUGGUCAUGAAAUGGCUUCCCAUAGUGUAUCGCACAGCUUUGGAGAACAAUUCUCACAAAAGAAAUGGACUAAAGAAGUGGCCGGACAGCGUGAAAUCUUAGCAGCAUAUGGUGGUGUCCAUCUAGAAGAUGUUAGAGGAAUGAGAGCUCCAUUCUUAUCAGUUGGUGGAAACAAGAUGUUCAAGAUGCUGUACGACUCAAACUUCACCUAUGAUUCUUCCAUGCCCAUCUAUGAGAACAAACCACCAAGCUGGCCGUAUACUUUGGAUUACAAACUUUUCCAUGACUGUAUGAUACCGCCUUGUCCUACCAGAUCAUUUCCGGGACUAUGGGAAGUUCCCAUGGUCAUGUGGCAGGACCUUCAGGGUGGUCGGUGUUCUAUGGCUGACGCUUGCAGUAAUCCACCAGAUGCAGACGGCGUGUAUAAAAUGCUAAUGAAGAACUUUGACAGACAUUACACAUCGAACAGAGCUCCAUUUGGGCUUUUCUACCACGCCGCCUGGUUUACUCAGCCUCAUCACAAAGAAGGAUUUAUCAACUUCUUAGACGCCAUUAACAGCAUGAAAGACGUCUGGAUAAUCACAAAUUGGCAAGCAAUUCAAUGGGUGAGAGACCCCACUCCGUUGUCCAGGAUAAAUUCGUUUAAACCAUUCGGGUGCCACUAUCCAGACAGGCCAAAACGUUGCAACAAUCCAAAAGUAUGUAAUUUAUGGCACAAAUCCGGAGUAAGAUACAUGAGAACUUGUCAACCAUGUCCUGAUAUAUACCCAUGGACCGGAAACACCGGAAUCCGAAGCAGUAAAAUCGACAAUGACAUCGAAGAUUAGAUCAUACGAACUGCCAAAUUAUUUUAUAAUAUUAAUUGCAUAGGAUAACCAACUCUUAAAUGAGAUUGUUUAUCAUCGCAGUUAAAAUUUACUAUUAAGUAACGAUUUUUAUCACAUCCGGUAGGGGCUGAUAAGAUUUAUUCCGACUAUGCUACAAAUUCUUCAAUUGUAUGUACCUACGUCUCACAAAUAGUAUACAGAUAACCUCAAAUAUUAAAGAUUUUAAUGUGUUACAUUACCUCCCAAUCUUAUCAGCCGCUAUUUAAAGAAUCUAAGUUGCUAUGGUGUCUAGCUACAUCGCUAAGUGAUGUUUACAUACCACAGCAACAUUUUUAGACAAAAACCCUAUAUUGUAACUAAUUGUAUAUAAUCCCUUAACGUAACUUAUUAAAGGUGAAAUACUCUGGAUAUUGAAUAUUGUCCAUCUCUAUAUUCAAACCUGUUAAAAAUUUUUCAAAACAUCAUUACCGAUUUUUGUAAAUAAUUCCACCAGCUGGAGGGAACAACUAAUAAAUAAGCGUGAUGUCA